AUGGAGGAUAUCAUUGAGUAUUUCCAGGACUCAGUGAGCUGGGAUGACCUACAUCUCCUGCUGACUGACCAUGAAGCCUGGGAGAGCUUCAUGGCUGAGGCCAACUUGUCCAGGGAGGAGGCAGAUGUGCUACACGCAGGUCUGUGUGAGCUGGAGGCAGACCUGUGUAUGGAGGGCAGAGAGAGGAUCCAAAGAGACCACCUGGAGGAGAGGUUUUUGAACAAGUAUCCCCGGUUGAAACGGGAGCUUAAGGGGCAAAUACGAAAGCUCCACAAGCUGGCGGACAAGGUUGACGAGGUACACAGGGGCUGCACCAUCUCCAACAUCGUGGCCAGCUCCGCCAGCGUGAUGUCUGGGGUCCUGACCAUCCUGGGCCUGGGUCUGGCACCCGUGACAUCAGGGAUCAGUCUGUCACUCUUGGUAACGGGGGUGGGGCUGCGAACAGCAUCUGCUGUGACCACUGUGUCCAGCAGCAUUGUGGAGUACUCGAGCACAUCGUCCGCGGAAGCCAAAGCCCGUCGCCUGGCAUCAGCUGGCGAUAACAGAGGGAAGACCAUUGCAAAGGCUCUGUGUCAGAACACACCCCGAAUGUUUUCCGUAACAAAGAGCUUCGUGCAAGUCCUGCGAAACAUUGGAAAGAAUGUUCGUGCCAUCAGGCUGGCCAAAGCCAGUCCUCACUUAGCAGCCUGUGCCAAGAGGUUCAUGACAGCUGGGAGAGUCUCAGUUCGAAGUGACAAGCGGGUGCAGAAAGUUUUUGGAGGCACUCUUCUGGCAAUGAUCAGAGGAGCCCGGAUCAUGGACGUGGGCACCGUGGGCACCUCCCUUCUGGUGGAUGUGGCCAACCUUGUGGAAGAAUCAAAGCACCUGCAUCAGGGGGCAAAGGCAGAGUCGGCUGAAAGGCUGAGACAGCAGGCCCAGUUGCUAGAGAGCAACUUGAAGGAGCUCAACCGGAUGUAUGAAAGUCUAAAGUAG